AAAAAUCGCUACAAUAAAUUUAGUUUAAUUUAAACCAUAGUCGAGAACUUUGAACAUUUAUUUAAAAUGUAUGAAAAAUUACUUUGCUUAAGUUUUUUACUUUGUGCUUUUUCCGUAAUAAAUGCUAAAUUUCCUGUAGAUCCUAAACCCUGUAAAUAUGGAGAUACGGAAUGUAUUCUAAAAAUAAGUAAUUACUUUGUAAAGGAAAAAUUUCAAGGUGACGAUGCUAUAAAUUUGAUAACAAUAGAUCCACUGAAAGUAGCCAAAAUCAACAUAAAACAAGGUGCUGAAAGCCCGGUUAACAUAGAUUUGCAAUUCGUUAAUAAUAAUAUUGAGGGUCUCAAAUCAGUUAAAGUCGCUAAGAUUAAAGGAUUUGGAAAUGAUCUAACGCAAAAACACGCAAUACAUUUCAUGAUGCCUCAUGUCAGCCUUGUUGGUGAUUACAGUAUUAACGGCAAAAUUUUGAUACUACCAAUUAGUGGCAAUGGAAAAAGCAAUAUGACUUUUGUUAAUACUGAAAUGAUCGUACAGUUUUCUGGAGAGCCUAUACAAAAAGAUGACGGCAUCCACAUGAAAUUAAAAGAUAUAAAAAUUAAGUUUAUACCUGAACGCCUUCAUUACUAUUUCGGCAACUUAUUUAAUGGGGAUAAAGCACUUGGAGAUAACAUGAACGCUUUCUUAAAUGAAAAUUGGAAAGAAAUUUUUGGAGAAGUUCAAUCUUCUUUGGAAUCUGCCUUUAAGCAAGUGGUAGAGGCUGUUUUGAAUACCGUUUUUUCAAAGUAUCCUUAUGAAAAGUACUUUGUGCAUUAAAACAUUUAAAAUACUAAGCUGUGAUAAAAACAAAGUAAAAUUAUUUGAAAUAAAUAUUUUAAUAAAAAUUUUAAAUUUUAUUUAGAUACCGCAUUCAGUUAUAAUAGAAGC